ACGGAGUUAAUAAUGCGUAACUAAUCUUUUUACUACAUAAUGUUGAAAAAAUAUGUCCUUAUCUUUGGUUUUCAUAAUCAAGUGAAGUUUGCCAUAUGUAACUUUAAUUAUUGAUCUUUAUUAAUUCAUAUCUGUUUUCGAUAUUCUGUUAGUGUUUAAUCUUUUUUCAUGAUGGGUAAAUCACGCUUUGAAAUAAGAUUAUUCUCACAACUAAACUUUUCUAUAUUUUUUUCAGUUACUUGGCAAUGAAUCUUCAUCCAACUAACGCAAGACGAGUAUUUCCAUGCAUAGAUGAACCAACAGAAACACCUCUAAUAUCUUUCACAAUUAAUGAUGUCAAUUAUCAAAACUUAAUAUCAAACUCGAAUCCAGUAAAUGAUAAUCCGAAUUCAUUUACAGCGUUGUCAGGGGCGCCAUUUCGAUGGGCACUAUUUGGACAUAAUUUUACUACCUAUGAUGCACCGAAUCCAAAUGUCCUACUUUCUGGAAGACCAGGUUUGGCAGGUCAAGAAAAUGUUGCAUCUCAAGCCAUCAAUUCCUUUUACCUCUUCCUUAAUACGUGGACGGACAAAUCCUACUUUGAAAUAGUAGUCGAUCAGUCAAAUAAUAUGCAUAUUAUUGCUCUACCGGACGUCGAUAUUGAAUGGAAUUCGCUAUCAAUUGUAGGUCUUUGGGAACCUUAUUUAUUUAUGCAAACUCAACAUUCGGUGCAGCAAAGACAAAUUGCCCUUGUAAAGAUUGCUGAAGCUUUAACACGACCGUGGUUUGGAUUUACUCUCAUUGCAGAAAAUUGGAUAUACCAGUGGGUUUUAACUGGUUUGCAAACUUAUGCUGCAUAUGAAGCUGUAAAAGAGUUUGAAAGUGAAAGUGAAACUGGGAUUGAUUACAAUGCUAUUUUUGUCACCGAUAUAAUACAGGAGAGUUUGUUACGUGAUGGCUACAGUGCUGCAUCUGUUUUAGAACAAACAGAACCAAUGUACGAUGAAGUAGCUAUCAGAAAUCAUAUAAGUAAUGGUUUAAUGAAAUAUAAAGCUCCAGCUAUACUGUCAAUGUUGAGACUAGUACUAGAUGAGGAAAAUGAUUUUAUACAAAUUGGAGCUCAAGGCUUGUUCGUUACCAGCAACUUGGAUAUAAUGAACACUUUCAACUUUAGAGACAUUAUCAAUGACCCUUGGAGUGCACUAGAAGAUAGACACAUCAAUAAUUUGGAAGAGUUUUUGGAUCCAUAUAUAAAACAAAGAGGAUGUCCACUGUUAACAGUCAAUUAUCAAAGCAACUUAGUAACAAUAUCCAGGGGCACCUUUAAUUAUGGUGGUCAAGUGAGUACAACGAACUUUUUCAUACCUGUAACAUUUACUACCAGCAAAGACUUAGAUUUUGAAAACGUGUUUCCUCAAUAUGUCUAUCAAGAGCCUACCUCUAGAUCGUUCCAAGUAGAUUUUGAAGAUGAUGAUUGGAUUUUAUUCAAUAUUCAAGGCAAAGGAUAUUAUAGAGUUCAAUACAACACGGAGAUGUGGGAAAGAAUAAUCGCUGCUCUUGGGGAUCCUGAACGUAGAGAAGAAAUACAUUCGUUAAACAGAGCUGUUUUAGUAGACGAUUCCCUCAAUUUGGCAAAGCGAAUAGUUUCUGGUUUAAACUAUGAUAUUGCUCUAAGGAUAGCCUUAACUAUGGAACUAGAAAAAGAAUACCCUGUGUGGAAAGCCUUCAUAAGAGAUAUGAAUUACUUGAAAAAACGUCUCCUUGCCUUGGUACAAAUGGAGGAAGGCCUUGACCCGGAUAUUUAUUUAAGAAUGAUACGGAGAACGGUUGCCACAGUAGAAAAUGAACUGACCUUCAGACCCGAUCCUAAUUCUCUUGAACCAGCCAUGGAUACUCUUACUCGUGGUAUUGUUAUGGAUCAUGUAUGUCGAGCCGGCUAUGAUCCGUGUAUAGCAGCUGCUAUUGAUUGGUUCCAUAAUGGUGGCGAUAGCGUGAAUCCAAAUAUUCCCCAUGACUUGAGACCUGCUGUUUACUGUACAGUUGUGCAAGGAGGAGGUGAAGAUGAAAGGGAAAUGUUACUUGAUCUUCUAGAAGAGGGUACAGAAACUAUGCAAGAUCGCAUUGUCAUAUUAGAAUCACUGGGAUGUUCUCAAGAUGAAGAUUUUAUAAUGAAAUACCUCGACGAUACAGUAUCCGAUGAAAGUCCAUAUUCUACAGCAGAGAAGCUUAGAAUAUUCAAAGCAGUAAUAGAAAGUAGCCACAAUAACGCCAGGAUAGCCACCGCAUUUUUGAGGGAUAACAUAAACGACAUCAGACAACAGUACGGUGGCCCCGCAAAGUUAGAAGAACUUAUUUUUAUAGUCGCUGACAAUAUUGCGGAUCAUAUUGCGGCUGAAGAUUUCCGCAUAUGGUUGGAGAAUAAUAACAACCACAUAUUGGAUUCAGUACCCGCAGCAGAGAUUGCUAUGGAAAUAAUCGACGAAAAUAUGGCUUGGGCCGACCGGCAUCUACAGGAUGUUUAUGAUUGGAUAGAAGUGAACGAUUCUAUUACAGCUGGUUUUUCUUUAUUCCUUUUAUGUAUAACAGCUGCAAUUACUUUAUUUGCAUAGAUAA